AUGUACAGGGACGCGCUACGGAUGCAAGCAUCGGAUUCUUUUGGAGCAGGCUCAGAAGGAAUUGUUGCCGAGUGGGUCUCUUUUGCUGAGAAGCUGCUACACUUGGCAAAACUCUUUCCAACCCAGUGGCGAACAAUAGCUCCGAUUGUUGGCCGUACAGCCUACCAGUGCCUGGAGCAUUACGAGAAGCUCUUGGACCAAGCUCAGGGCAAGGACGAAAUGGACGAAAACGAUCCGCGCCGAUUGAAGCCGGGCGAGAUCGAUCCUCAUCCGGAGACGAAGCCCGCAAGGGCGGAUCCGAUUGACAUGGACGAGGAUGAGAAAGAGAUGCUUUCAGAGGCCCGGGCAAGGCUGGCAAAUACUCGCGGCAAGAAAGCCAAGCGAAAGGCCCGUGAGAAGCAGCUGGAAGAAGCACGUCGGCUUGCCGCACUGCAGAAAAGGCGGGAGCUCAAAGCCGCGGGAAUUAGCACCUCACGGAGGUACAAGUCACGCAAGUACAUUGACUAUGGGGAGGAAGUGCCCUUCGAGGCCGUCCCUCCAGUCGGCUUCCACGAAGUGGGGCCGGAGGAGACCCCCCGGGUCACCAUGGGCAUGGCAAACGUGACACUGCAGGCCGUUGAGCACAGGAGCCGACUCGAUGAGGAAAGGCGCCGCCGCAAGGAUGAUGAGAGGAAGCUUAAGCGCCUGAAGGAGGAGAACCUCCCAGAAGCCAUCGACAUGAUCAACAAGCUCAAUGACCCACAGCAGCUUCGAAAGCGGACGGCAUUGAGCCUGCCUGCCCCGCAGCUUAACGACGAGGAACUCGAAGCCAUCGUCAAAAUGGGUGCAGACGCAGCUGCCCUUCAAGCUGAGAGUGCCGACACUUCCACGGCCGGCCUGGUUCAAAGCUAUGGCGACACUCCUGGCGCCACGCCUGUUCGAACCCCAAGGCGGCCGGACCCUGUCAUGCUUGAGGCGCAGGUGCAAGCAGGUGUCACGCCGCGUGAGGAGGUGGCAAGCAUGUUAGGUGGAUUGACACCAGGUGCGACUCCUGGCGCUACGCCUGGGGCUACUCCGAACCCUUUGGCGCAGACACCCGGGCUUCGUGCCAAUGCAACCGCGGGUCUCACUCCGAAUCCACUUCUUGGACAGACGCCGGGGCCCGGAGGUGCGACUCCAGGGGGAGCAAGUGCCGCUGGCAAGAGCCUUCGCGACGGCCUUGCGCUGAACCAGGAUGAGGAGAUGGAGCAAAUGCCGGACAGGAUUCGAAAGGCAAACCAACGUAUGCAGAUGCAAGCUGCGUUAGGUAGCCUGCCUGCUCCGAUGAACGAAGUCGAGAUCUCGAUGCCAGAUCUCAUGGAGGAAGGUUAUGCUUCAUCUUCAACUUUUUGGUGUUUGGGCCGGAUUGGAGAGCAGAAUCUCAGCCAUCGGUUGGCCCGUCCUGCCGAUCUGGUCAAGCUAAUCUCUCGGCCUUUGGAGGAAGAUGCAGCUGAUGCAGACAAGCGGAGGGCAAAGGAGGAGCAGAAAAGACUGGAGAUCGAGCGUCAAAAGCAAAGUCAGCCUGUGAAGCUGGGUUUGCCACGACCUGUGCAGACAGGGAUGAUGAUCUUCGAAAGCGCUGCAUCGCAGGCCGGAGAAGUGCUUGAAGGACCCAAACACUUGCUGCAGCAGGCAGAAACCUUGCUGCACGAGGAGAUGGGCGCCAUGGUAACUCGCGACGCUGUACUGUUCCCGGUUAAGGGCGCAAAGCCCCCAAAGAAGGCUCCUCCAGCAGGGAUUGACUUUAGCUUGGAGGAGUUGAAAGGCGCGAGUGAGCUGCUGGAAGAGGAAUUAGAGGCUUUUGCACAGGAUGCCGGCGGUGGUCACAACUCGGAGGUGGCUGUGCAGGCAGCCUUCGACGAGAGCACCAGCAGUGAGCCCUACGUCUUCCUGCCCUCUGCUAAACGUUACGUCGAUGGCCGACUCUUGGGAAAGAAGGAGCGGGUGGAGUCCGCCAGGCAUAAGUUCGAGAUUGUGGACUCGCACCACCAGAAGGAGGAGAAGAAGUCGAAGAAGUUGGAAGAAAAAAUGGAAAGACUACUCGGAGGCUACAUGACAAAGGCGAGACAGGCGCUCCUUCACAUCCGGAAGCUCUCCGAGGAGCGGGAGACGAUUUCCAUCGAGACAGAAGUCUUCCAGACCCUUCGAGCGAGAGAGGAGAAGGCCAUUCAGAGCCGCGUGGAGGAGCUCAGGGAUCAGGUGGAGCAUGAGAAGCAAAGGAACCUGAAACUGCAGAACCGCUACAAGGCGCUAAAGAUGCUACAGAAGCAGAUAGACGACAAGCUGCAGUAA